AUGCGACGUGCAGCGCGUCUCCCAAGCACAGCGCUACGUCAUGCGUCCCACUCCACCCCUUCUGCGUCCUCCUCGUCGCUGCGCCUGGCCUCGACGUCGGCCUCGCCGCUCCAACCUCUGUCCGGCGAGCUGGGCCCUCACAUGACAUUCAUGCCCCCACCACUGCCCGAAGACAGUCGCAAGGGAAUGGCCGACACGUUCUUUCCCGAUACGGCACAACAGGAUCUCCGGGCCGUGAUGAACGCCUGUUUACACGCCGGCUACGACGUCCGACGCGCGCUCGCUAUAUUCGACGAGAUGCGUUCUGGCGAGGGGCGCGUGGAAGUGGCCGCGUAUAACCGCGUCAUUGCGGCGUGUCUCGAUAUGAUCGAGCGCGAACCGCAUAAGGCCGUCGUUUGGCUUGAUGAUGCAUUGGAGUAUAUUCGAAUAUUGCAUGAUGGGAGCGACGGUGUUGCGCCGAGUGCGGGCACUUAUGCGUUGGCGCUGCAGGCGUGGGUCAUGUAUGGCCAGAAUGCGAAGGAGGGUGAGGAGGUCGAGGCAGAAGGAGAAGGCGUGGGGAAGUUGCAGAGUGAUGUGUAUCUGAGGCCGAAGGAGGUGUUGAGGGGUAUUGUGAGGCAUGAUUUGGCCGUGGAAGAGGUCGUGUCGGAUCAUCGGAUUGCUGACGACGGCGUCGCGUCGGAAAUGCUCAGGACACUCCUCCGAGUAGCAGCCAAAGACAACGCGUUCAAAGGCGUAGCAGAGCGUCUUGUACAAGCAGACGAGAUUGCACGGCAUCUCCAACAAGACUCGCUUGAAAACGUGCCGGACGUGAAACCAGUCGAGAUUCAAGCGACUGGACCAUCAGGCUCGGCCUCGACAGUCCCAUUCAACUUGCAAAUCCUGCGCGAUCAUCUCACAUCAACACAACUCUUCAAGCGUCUUCUCCCGGCGGAUCAAAUGGCGCGUCAGCUCUUGCUCGAACGGUCCGUUCUUGACAUUGCGGGCGAGCGGCUGCGCAAGCUGGCCGAGCAGUUCGAGAAGAUCGGUUUGGACAAGAAUGCCCGGAAGAGCGACGAGAGCAUUCAGCGGUGGAUGUGGGACUGGAACGUCAAACUCGUCGAACGUCUCAAGAAAGAUAUUCGUGCCGUUCGGAGAGAGGAAGAUCGUGCGGUUGGUGGAUCGGACAAGGACAUCACGCGCGUCGCGCCGUUCUUGGAACUGCUCAAACCAGAAAAGCUGGCGCUUAUCACGAUUCUCGAGAUCAUGCGGUUGCACGGUACUGGUGGUAUCGCGGACGGGAUGAAGACUGCGCGGGCAUUGCUCGUUGUGGGAAAAGCCGUUGAGAGCGAGUACAAGGCCGAAGUCAGCCGCAAAUACGGCUUGUCGGUUCCUUCACUUGGUCCUUCUGCCGAUGGAACGCGGUUCUCGUAUGCGGAUCUGCAUAAGAGGCGUGUGGCGGCGAGGUUACAGAUGACCGACGCGGAACAGUGGACAGACGAUUGGAGUCAAAUCGUCCGUGUACGCGUCGGCGCGUUCUGUGUGUAUCGGUUGAUGGAGGAGGCCAAGGUCGAGCGUGUAGGACGCAACAAAGCGACAGGCGAAGAAGUCGUCGAGUACCACCCCGCGUUCAGCCACGGGUACGAGUACUUCAGGGGGUUCAAGUUGGGGACAAUCAAGCUGAACCCGCUCGUCUCCGAACGCAUCGCAAAAGACAACGUCCGCGAAACGCUUCACCCCCGCCAUUUGCCUAUGCUCGUCGAGCCCAAACCAUGGACGGACUGGAACUCGGGAGGGUACUAUACGAUUCAGAGUCAUAUCAUGCGCUUCAAGGACAGCCAGGAGCAGAAAGCACUGCUGCAAAAGGCGGUUCAGGAGGGAAAGAUGGAGCAGGUCUUUUUCGGGCUUAAUGCGUUGGGCGCUACGCCGUGGAGGAUCAAUCGGCCGCUGUUCGAUGUUGUGCUCGAGGUAUGGAACUCUGGCGAACGCAUGGGCAAGAUCCCACCGUCCGAAUUCGACGGCCCUCCGCCCGAAAAGCCAGCAAACGCCGAAACGGACCCGCACGCCCGGAUGGCCUACCUCGCGCGCGCGAAGAAGUACGCGCAGGACAAGGCCGCGAAUCAUAGUGACAGGUGCAGUGUGAACUAUAAAAUCGAGAUUGCUCGCGCGUUCUUGGACGACGUGUUCUAUCUGCCGCACAAUCUUGAUUUCCGUGGACGCGCGUACCCACUUCCGCCGCAUUUGAACCAUAUGGGGAAUGAUCUUUCUCGUGGGUUGUUGCUCUUCGCUACAGCCAAGCCGCUCGGCGAGCGCGGGUUGAGGUGGCUAAAGAUCCAUCUUGCGAACUUGUAUGGGUACGACAAGGCGACGUUUGAUGAGCGUGUCGCGUGGGUCGAUGAGAGGAUUGAGCAGAUUAUGGCUUCCGCGAAGAACCCUCUCGGCCCCUCCGAACACGAAUCAUGGUGGAAACACGCCGACGACCCCUGGCAAUGCCUCUCAACAUGCAUGCAGCUCUCCAACGCCCUAAACUCUCCCGACCCGCUCGCAUACGAAUGCCCCUUACCCGUCCACCAAGACGGUACCUGUAACGGUCUGCAGCAUUACGCCGCUCUGGGCGGCGAUGCUCAGGGUGCGCGGCAGGUCAAUUUGGAUGUGGCGGAGAGGCCGAGCGACGUGUAUACGUAUGUGGCGAACAUGGUCGAGAAGAGGAUCGAGGAGGAUCUGCAGAGUGAGGAUGCGAGGACUAGGCGGUAUGCGGAGUUGUUGCAUGGGAGGAUUGCUAGGAAGGUCGUCAAGCAGACUGUCAUGACGACCGUGUACGGCGUCACCUUCAUCGGCGCGCGCGAGCAGAUCGAGAAGCAGCUCCGCGAGCGCGGCGAGUUGCCCGCGGAAGAAGUAUACAUGGGCGCGGCCUACCUCGCCCGUCAAGUCCUCUCCUGCAUUGGCGAUCUCUUCCAAGGCGCGAACGAGAUCAUGCGCUGGCUCACCAUGUCCGCGCGCGCCAUCGCGAAGUCCGUGCCGGGCGAACGUCUCCCGCAUGCGCUCAGCAUUGUGCAGCCGAGUGGGACGUGGAAGAACGCAAAGAAGAAGAGCGCGUUUAUGAGGGUUAGGAAGGAGCAGAUGGGCGCGGUCGUUUGGACUACGUUGCUUGGGUUGCCGAUCGCGCAGCCGUAUAGGAAGGUCAAGAGGAAGCAGAUCCAGACGAGCGUGCAGAGCGUGUUCAUCUCGGAUCCGAAUAUCCCUGCUGAGGUGAACGCGAAGAAGCAAGCCACCGCUUUCCCGCCCAACUUCAUCCACUCCCUCGAUGCCACCCACAUGCUCAAAACCGCCAUCGAAUGCGCCUACCGCGGCCUGAUGUUUGCAGCCGUCCACGACUCGUACUGGACCCACGCCUGCGACAUCGACGAGAUGUCGAACGUCAUCCGCGAUACGUUCAUUGACCUCCACUCCUCCGACGUCCUCAAGCGUCUCGACGACGAGUUCCGCGCGCGGUACGCAGACCAUAAGGUCCCCGUUGUAUCGGCGAAGGCCGCGGCGUUCAUGAAGAGUCAUGCGGGCGCGGCGGAAGAUGGGGAUGCGCUGUAUGCUGCGGAGGAUGUCAAGCUUGACGAGCUUAAGGGAGAUGAUCUGGACCUGACCAGUGCGGCGAGCGACUUCACGAGGGCGAAGAGGAGUGCGGAGCAGAAGAAGGGCGUUGUGGAUGAGUAUGCUGAGGCUGAGGAGGAAGACGAAGAGGCGGGUUUACCGGGUGAAGAUGGCGAUGCGGAACUGCAUGUACAGGAUCCGGUCGAGGGAGAAGCGGUCCUGAAGGAUGCGCCGGACGCGAUUGGUGCGGAGCUGGAGGAUGCUGCUGAUGGCGACGCGAGGCAGCGCAGGGCGGAGGUGCAGCAGUUGCUGAAUACGGAGAAGAAGGGGAAGGCUGCGAAGAAGGACAAGGAGGCGUUGCCGUCGCCUGAGGAGCUGCAUGGCAAGUUCGUAGAUCUCGUUGAUCUAUUGCCGCAGUUGCCGAAGAAGGGAGAGUUUGAUGUGAGCAAGAUCAAGCAGAGCUUGUACUUCUUUUCGUAG